AGCUCCGAGACCUCAUCGCGUCGGCAGAUCGCGCCAGCAGACCUCCAUAGCAGCGCUGUCUAGUGUUCGGCGGCAUCCGCUGUCUGGUUCGGAGUAUGUCCGGAGGAUGUCCAGGGAGGCAACUCAUUCCAACUUGACCGACCAUCAGUCGAAUUAACGAGGCAUGCAUGGAGAUAAGAGCGUUUCCGAAGAGGUACGGAGGUAAAAAAGGGACGCAAACUAAAGGAUAACAACGGACAACUCCUUUAAAACCACCACGGAUACUAAAGGAUCGAAUGGAUCAGUGGGUCGGCGUUCACACGACUAAGAAGUAGUGAGGUCGGAGGAAAAAGAGCAGCAAACUGGAAAUAAAAGAAAAACCCCGAUGAGGCUGCUUGCUACCUUUGCUUGGGUGGGUUUAAACACGGGGGUUGCACACGUUCACAUCCACGCGCGCACUCACACGGACGCAUCCACAUCAGAGGCUGACGCGUGCACGCGCUUGGAUUAACAGCUCCGCUCCGAAGCCCCGGCGGAUCGAUAUCGGAUCAAGCCUGCGUUUCUUUUUUUGGCGGGGACUUUUUUUUUUUUUUUUGAGUCAACACAGGAGGAUUAAUAACCGGUGAACUACCGCGAGGCGGACCCUUCGUCUCGCUCCUUCACCUGUCCAUAAAACUAGUGUUUGUGUGUGUGUUGUGCUCGGUGUCUACGUGCCCGCGGUGCGUGUGCUCGUGUGUGUCGACUCUCCGCCAGAGGGAGUGUAUAUUUGCUCGUGUAUGCAUGUGAUUGCUGCUGCUGCUCAGCCAGCUUUUAAUUACCAGCUACGCCAUGUGUGCGCGCGAGCGUAUGUGUGCGGAUGUGCGGGUGCGCGUUUGUGCAUGUGUGUGCGGCUAGGUUGUGUGUGCGCGUGUGCGAAUACAGGUGGAUGUGUGUAGUGUGUGUGUGUCUUUGUGCGUGUGUGUGUGUGUUGCAGGUGUUUUAAGAUGCCCAUCACUUCCUCUCCUCCUCCUCCCCCACCACAUCCUCUCCAUUUUCCACGCCCCUCUGUGAUGAAGGCUUCCUGUUUGACCUCGCCGACAUCUUGAAAGAGCAAAAAGGAGAAAAAGUAAACAUACUAAUCAAUCAAAUCAAUCCGGAGCUAUCUGUCAGCAUGAGUGAGCGCUCCGACACAGGGACCCUGACGGCCAUGACUCUGGAGGAGCCCGGGGCUGAGCAGGGCUCCCCCCGGGCCCCGGGGCCCUUGCGCUGCGGCCCCUGCGCCGUGUGGCCCCGGCAGCAGACCUGGCUGUGCGCCGUGCCCCUGGUGAUGGGCUUCGUGGGCCUGGCCCUCAGCCUCAUGCUCCUCAAGUGGAUCGUGGUGGGCUCGGUGCAGGAUUACGUGCCCACCGACCUGGUGGACCCCAAGGGCAGCCUUGGCCAGGACCCCAUCUUCCUGUCCAAGCCCAGCCCCGCGCCCAAGGGCCUGGACGUGGCCCCCACCGGCGCCGGGGGGGCCGGCGGCACCUCGGCCGCGGGCUCCCUGUCCACCACCUCGGGGCCCCUCGCCGGUGACGGGGCCGCCUCGGGGCCCCGGUCUCGCUUCGGACCCCCGGCCAACCACUCGGGCAACGGCACGGCCGCCAACGGCGUGGACGGCGAGCGCGGCAACGGGCCCGGACACAAGCCGCCGCCGCACCUCCCCAACCACGUCGGCACCCGUGUGAGUGGAGGGGGCGGGGCUUCCGCCUCUUCCACCACCACCACCACCACCACCACCACCACCACCUCCUCCUCCGCGCCCACGUCCACGCGCACGCCGCGAGGGAUGGCGCCCCCUAGCGGCAAGGAGGUGCGGAAAAACGGCAACGUGGGCAGCGGGCGCGGCGGGCCGUCCGCGCCGAGGCCCGGCCCGGCGCCGGGCCUCGGCGCUCCCGGGAGCACCACGCCCUCUUCGGCCGCGGCCUCCUCCACCGCCAGCGCCAGCAGCGCCCAGCCCUCGGUCUCCGCCAAGCCGACCUCGCGAUGGAACCCCGGGCGGCAGGCCAAGGGCCCGGUCACGCGGCCCCACCACCGCUACAGAACACCCGUGGCCCCGACCCUGCCCGGCCUGCGCUCCGAGGUGUUCAAGCCGUGCGUGGAGGACAAGGACCUGGCCUUCUGUCUGAACGACGGGGAAUGCUCCAUCAUCGAGACCAGAGCAGGAGUGCAUCGACACUGCAGGUGUAAAGAGGGCUACCACGGACUUCGCUGUGACCAGUUUGUGCCCAAGACGGACGCCAUCUUGUCGGAUCCAACGGAUGAACUUGGGAUCGAGUUCAUGGAGAGCGCUGAGACGUACCAGAGACAGAUGCUCUCCAUCCUCAGCAUCUCGCUCGGUAUCUGUCUGCUGGGUGUGGCCUGCAUGGCUCUGUACCGCCGAAACAAGGGCCACAGAGAGAAGCUCCGGUCCCAGUUCUCUGAGAGUCGCAGCCUGAGGGACUGUAGCUUCGCUCCUCCCAGCGUGAUGCCCAAAUCUAGUCCAAGGCUUCAGUACGGCCCCCAGCAGCAAAAGUGGUCACAUCCUCGCACGUCCGUGGUGAAGGUUGGCGGUGGCGUGGUGCCCGUCUUGCCACCGCCCCUGGCUUCCCCCGCCCUCACCAGAGCCCUGGCAAAGGUCAAACGCUUCAGGAGCAGCUCACUGUCAAUCAGUCCCGCCCAGGAGUGCAGGGGCGGGAAUAACUGCCAGAUCCCGCCCACCUCCAGAGGGAAACGCAGCCUACUGGAUGGAGCCAGGGUGAGUGGGCGGGCCUACAGCCAUCUCGAUGAGGCAGAGGUUAUGAGGUCAGAGUUCAUGGACCAGGAGGCGGAGUCUUUACGGAGGUGUGGCUCCGCCGGGGGGGGGGCAGGCGGCCCGCUCGGCCGCCCCUCGCUCUCUCCCUUCAGCUCCAGGCGGGGCUGGACCGAGGUCCCGUGCACGCGCCUCGAAACGGGGGCCGCCGUCCGGCCCGCCUCCCUCCGCACGCGCUCAGUGCCCAUCAUCCCCUCCCUUCAGGCCCCUCCCCCGGGGGGAGAGGAGGGGGGCGAGGCGCUCCCCGACGGCGGCCAGCCCACCGUAGUGGCGGCGGCGGCGGCGGCCGCAGACACCCACAGGAUACCGGCGCCUGCGGUCUCCGUGGCGACGCCGGGGUCCGCGAGGAGCGCGCUGUCGUCGCCGGCCGGGUCGAAACACAAAGCGCUGCCCAGCGCCCCGGCGGCGGCGCCCUGGUCGCAGGGCCGGAUGGACGCCGCGGGCAGAGCCACGCGGUGCGGACGCCCCAGACCGCAGCGUCCGGGCCGCGCCCCCACGGCUCUGGGGCCGGCGCGCCCGCGGGGGGAGGAGGGACACGCCGGUGAGGGCAGAGCGUCCCGGGAACAGGGAGGUACGGGCCCCGGGUCGGUCACCAGAGGGGCCUGGAGGGAGGGGCCUCACGCCAGCUGAUUGCAUUGUUGUCGUCACGGCGAUGCGUACAGACGUUGGCGCCGAUAAACGUGGACACUUCACCGUGCUGCCGA